UGGGGAAAGAUCAAACAUCCGGGAAGUUCAUAUCAUAUUCUACAACAAGCCAUGAUGCCUCCUAUUGACAACGCAAAAUGCAGACAAAAGAUACAGAGUUCUGGAGGUAUGUUCCAAAGCGUUGCAUAUUGUCCUACUCGUUUGAAAAAACUGCAGAGGAUAAUCAGAUAGGCCCUUCAGGUCCUGAACUUAAACACGUCCCCUUGAAAUUAAAGACGUCAUUUAACUCCAAGGCCCGACUCGGGAACAGGAAUGAUUCCUUAAAGGCUUUGCGCUAAUCAAGGAUUAAAAUUUGUUCCACUCUUUGUAUUUACCUUCCUAUCUGUUGCUUAGAGUAACAUUUUGUGUUAUCGUUACUGGAGCUGCCGAUCGAGUUACAUGUUCUUAUAGAGAAGAAACUCUCGUUUAAAUGUGGCUCCAAUCUUGGGUUAAACUUAACCGUCUUUAGAGGGACUGAGGCCAGGAAACUUUCUUACAAUUGUCAAGUUGGAUGAGCUAAAAUAAUCGCAAAGAAGUUUGAAAACGUGCCGUUGUAGUUUACCACGAGCUCGUCAACUUCCUGAUUAUAUCACAAAGUACCACUUGCAUUUGUAUGUAUCCUAGUGGAGGAACAAUGUUUCUUGUCCACCGCAGAAAACAAAGGAAUGACGCACACAAAACCCUAAAUCUGUAGUCCGAAAUUAAACAAUCCGCGCCUAUAACGCUUACUCGACUGAAAUAGGGCAAAUGGUGUUCAUUUCUAUUGCGUCUUUUUCUCAAGUUUCACCUACACUAGAUAUAUCUUUAAGUAAAUAUAAAAUACCUACCUCGCUAUUUUUAUAUCUCGAUAGUUGCUAUAAGCCUGACUCCACAAAUGCUGUGCGCCGGAGUGGAAAAUACCAUUUUAAGUGGUUGCCAUGGUGACAGUGGAGGCCCGUAUGUGUGUCUUAAUGCCGAUGGGAAAACCUACACUCUUCACGGAGCAGUCAGUUGGGGAUCUGCACGAUGUGAUGCCAAACAGUUGUUCAGUGUUUUUGCACGAGUGACUCAAUUCCGAGCUUGGAUA